GAUGCUGCAGUCCCUGGCCGGCAGCUCGUGCGUGCGCCUGGUGGAGCGGCACCGCUCGGCCUGGUGCUUCGGGUUCCUGGUUCUCGGCUAUCUGCUCUACCUGGUCUUCGGUGCCGUGGUCUUCUCCUCGGUGGAGCUGCCCUACGAGGACCUGCUGCGCCAGGAGCUGCGCAAGCUGAAGCGGCGUUUCGUGGAGGAGCACGAGUGCCUGUCGGAGCAGCAGCUCGAGCAGUUCCUGGGCCGGGUACUGGAGGCCAGCAACUACGGCGUGUCGGUGCGCAGCAACGCCUCGGGCAACUGGAACUGGGACUUCGCUUCCGCGCUCUUCUUCGCCAGCACCGUGCUGUCCACCACAGGUUAUGGUCACACCGUGCCCUUGUCAGACGGGGGGAAGGCCUUCUGCAUCAUCUACUCGGUCAUCGGCAUUCCCUUCACGCUCCUGUUCCUGACGGCCGUGGUCCAGCGUGUCACUGUGCACGUCACCCGCAGGCCAGUCCUCUACUUCCACGUCCGCUGGGGCUUCUCCAAGCAGGUGGUGGCCAUCGUGCACGCUGUGCUCCUCGGGCUGAUCACCGUGUCCUGCUUCUUCUUCAUCCCAGCCGCCGUAUUCUCUGUCCUGGAGGAUGACUGGAACUUCCUGGAAUCCUUUUACUUCUGCUUUAUUUCCCUGAGCACUAUUGGCUUAGGAGAUUACGUUCCUGGAGAAGGCUACAACCAAAAAUUCAGGGAGCUUUACAAGAUUGGGAUCACGUGUUACCUGCUACUUGGCCUCAUUGCCAUGUUGGUAGUUCUGGAAACCUUCUGUGAACUCCAUGAGCUGAAAAAAUUCAGAAAAAUGUUCUAUGUGAAGAAGGACAAGGAUGAAGAUCAAGUGCACAUUAUAGAGCAUGACCAGCUGUCCUUCUCCUCCAUCACAGAACAAGCAGCUGGCAUGAAAGACGAUCAGAAGCAAAAUGAGCCUUUCGUGGCCACGCCAUCAUCUGCCUGUGCAGAUGGCCCAGCUAACCACUGAGCACGGGCUUGGCCGCAUUGUCCUGAGUGUCCAGGGUCAGGGCCUGAGACAAAGGCUUAAUCGUGUUCAUUUUGACAAGAACGUAAAUGCCAAGAUGAUGUUAUUUUAAGAAAUAGCUACUAUUUGCAAUAUUUUGAAAAGUAAAAAAUAGAAUGAAGAAAGCUUUGAGUCUGGUGGGAUGUAACUGUCUUGAGGAAAUGGGUUGUGUAUCUAUAACUCACAUGUGACAAAAUCAUCUAGACUUUACUAAUAGGAGAAGAAGGCUUGAAAACAGCGUGCAGCUGUGGAUAGAACAUAUUUUAUACUUUUAAAAUUGGGGACUUUGGGGUUUGCAUUUAAAUCAUUUAGCUGAUGGCUAAAUAGCAACAUUUAUAUUUAAAAGCAAAAAGGCAGAGAUGUGUUUUAUAAAUAGGUUUCUGUGUACUGGUUUGCAUGUGCCAUGCUAAAUGAUUAUUUUUGUAGAAUCUAAGUUAAGUCUACUAUUUAUAAUGAAUAGGUAACCAUUAGCUAUGUACAUACAAAGUAUAAAUAUGUUUAUAUGCUGUACAUAGGGUUUAGGUAACCACAUUCUACUUGUUAACUCAAGAUUGUAGUUUUCUUUUUUUUCUUUUGAUCUCUCUUUAUACUGAACAAUCCAGAAUUGCUGCACCAAGCAGAAAAAGAAAUUUAAGAGUGAAUAGCCUGGUGUUCUGUUACAAUAAAUGUUUCUACCUUCUUGCAA